AUGACCAGCAUAGUGUUACCGGACUGCCGACCUGACUUCCGAGCAAAAAUCAUCGCCAAAUGGAUUGACAUUGCUAGAGAGCUGCGUGCGUUGAAAAACUUUUCGUCCUUGAAAGCCGUACUGUCAAGUCUUCAGUCAGAACCAGUGCAUCGCUUGAAAUCAGCUUGGGCUCUUGUGCCGAGUCGAUCCAUGGCACAAUUUCGGGAUCUGUCAUCCAUCUAUGAUAUGGACGAAGAAGGUGAUGAAAGAAACGCUCGUCGUAUUCUCGAGCAGGGUACUCAGGAUUUUACAGAAGAAGGAUUGAUCAAUUUCGAAAAACGACGCAAGGAGUUUGAAGUGCUGGCGAAGUUAAGACUGUUCCAAUCGGCCGCCCGCGCCUAUCACAUUCCUAUGGAUCGAGUCUUCUGUGCCUGGUUCCACUUCUUGCCGUGUUUAUCGGAAAAGGAAUGUUUCAAUCGAUCGUUGGAAGUUGAGCAGCCAACAGUGAUAUCAACACCUGACAUGAAUUCACGUCACAACACCAGUUUAUCCAACGGAAAUUCGGGUGUUUUACCUAAAAGCAACACUUUGGCUCGUCUUUUCAACUCAUCCCGUUCUGGAGAGGAUAGUGCGACUAAUGUGUCGCAGUCGCACUCCCAUUCCCAUUCUCAGUCCAGUUUCACCGAUCCUGCACUGGAACCUGCUGUUGGAUCACCAGUCGGUGUUCGAGCCUCACAUGAAGGUGGCACCAACUACGAGGAGUGGAUCGAUGGUCGAGUAGACGGUGGACCUCCUGGACCGUUGUUUCAAGACGGUGUACGAGUAUCAUUAGAAGAAGUGAGCGCCUGUACGGGAGAUUUCAACAAGAAAAAGUAG